CAACACAACACACCGUUUCAUAAAGAUACUCUUCUCAUCGUCAGAUUCCAAAAUUCAGAUUCCAAAAAACACUAUGGAGCAAAUUCACGGUAGCCGGAACAAUGAGAUUGCUGUUGCGGCGGCGGCGAGAUUCGAUACAUUGCCGGAAGAUUGUAUCUCGAAGGUGAUUUCACACACUAGUCCACGAGACGCUUGUGUUGCGGCUUCGGUUUCGAAAGCUGUGAAAUCGGCGGCUCAGUCGGAUUUGGUUUGGGAGACGUUUCUUCCGAUGGAGUAUUCGUCACUUGUUCCUCAACCGGCGACUCACUCGUCGAAAAAAGAGAUCUUUAUAUCUCUUGCUCAUGACUCUGUUUUGAGUGAAGAUGGCAAAAAGAGCUUUUGGUUGGACAAGACUAGUGGGAAGAAGUGUUACAUGUUGGCAGCUAUGGAUUUGACGAUCAUUUGGGGAGAUUCGCCUGCUUAUUGGCAAUGGAUUACAGUUCCUGAAUCUAAGUUUGAGAAAGUGGCUGAGUUGCGUAACGUGUGUUGGUUUGAUAUUCGGGGGAAGAUAAGUUGCAGAAUGUUAUCGGAAGGCACUCAUUACUCGGUUUACAUAGUGUUCAAGAGGGCACAGAAUAGAUCAUACGGGUUUGAUAGCGUACCUGUGGAAGCUGGAGUUGGUUUUGUGGGCAAAGAAGCUACCAAGAGAUCAGUGUUUCUCGAAUCAGGCGGUGCUGCGGGUUCACGCAGCCAUGAUUAUGGUUACACGGGGAUUUCGCAUGCCGUAGUAUCUAGAGCGUUUAGGAAUAGGCGGUCGUGGUUGCUGGUUCCGGGAAUAGUAGAAGAAGAAGUUGAAGUAGAGAGGGAGAGUGGUAGGAAUGCGGAGGAGCCAAAGGAGAGUGGUAGGAAUGCGGAGGAGCCAAAGGAGAGAGGAGAUGGGUGGAGUGAAGUGGAGCUUGGGAAGUUUUACAUCAACAAUGGAGGUUGUGAUGAAGGUAGUGAUGAGAUUGAGAUUAGUUUGAUGGAGACUGAGAAUGGACAUUGGAAGAGUGGUUUGAUCUUUCAGGGAUUUGAGAUCAGGCCUGAAAGAAGAAACUGAUUGAUCAAACUUUGUGUCUUGAAGUAUUAACUCAAGUCUUUAAAAACUUGUAUUUAAUGUCUCGAGUCUACUUACAGUUUGGAGUUCUUGAUUUGAAAAAGCAGAGAGAUUGAUAAUUUUCUCUCCUUUGUAUUAAUAUCUAAAUAGCAGGUAAGAUUGUUCAUGAUUGUGGCUUU